AUGGCGGACAUUUUGUCCAUGAUUACAAGUACGGUGCAGGAUCAACUUGGCUUGACCAGUACAUUUCGAUGCAGGGUGAAGUGGGCCCAUAUUGAAGCGUUGGGCGACACCACCAAGGCAUACUUAUCGCUGGGGGUGUACGGCAUGCUUGUGAUCGACAUCACGACGCCCGAGUGCCCACAAGUUGUCGCAGAGUUCCUCGAAGGUCAAGGAGGCAUGAAGCUGAAACACUUCACCAUCGACAGGCGCAUUGUGUACACUGCGUGCGGGAGGUCGGGUCUGCGGAUAUUCACCAGUAUCGACGCGGCGAUUGACGAAAUCGGCGCCCUCGUCCAUCCACGUUGCAGUGCCAAGUGCAUCGCGGUGCAAGGAGACAUCGCGCUGGUCACGUUCGGUCAAGCCGGCGUGCGUGUUUUGGACGUUGCAAAUCCAAGCAGCCCUGUCGAGCUCGGAGGAUUCAAAGACGACAAGCUCCAUGAAGCACGGUUUGUCCUGCUGCAGGACGGAUGGGGCUACGUGAGCUUUGGUCCCGGCGGCAUUCGGAUCCUCGAUGUCACGAAUGCGAGUUUGCCCUGCGAGAUCAGUUCGUACGCCCACGGCACGUUCGACGCUCGACACAUGGCGCUGCUUUCGUCUUUUCUAUUCGUCGCGUUCAGCUACGGCGGGCUCAAAGUCCUUGACGUGAGCAAUCCAUUCCAUCCCGUUGAGGUCGCGUCGCACUCGUUUCCGUCCUCGUACGCUGCCAACUGCGUCCAAGUCGUUGGCCACCACGUGUACGUGGCACUAGGUCCCGGUGGCCUCUGCAUCCUGCGUUUCAGUCGACUCCACGGGUUUGAGCGACUCGGGUCGUACGUGGCAGCAGACGCUGACGUGACUAGUGUGCAUGUCACAACGGACUGCCUGGCGCUCGUGUGUUUGCGCCAAGGCAGCAUCAAGAUCCUGGACGUGCGGUGCCCUGAAGAGAUCACAGUCGUCAGCGAAGUUGCGCCGGAUUUGCGGCGAUUGAUCUGUCGACGGUCGUGUGUUGUCAUGUAG